UAACACCAACCUUUUUCGUCACUUAUCACGCAUACAUACACUACAUGUAGCUUAUCUGCAGGAAAUCUUGUUUCGUAUCGUAUUAAAUCCACAUAUCCCUUCCUUGAACUUUCCUUAAUGGGUCCACACAUCCACACAUCCACACAUCCACACACAUCCACAUGCCCAUACGUCCACACACCCAGAGGUAACAUACCACCAUGUGCCCGGCUUUUUCUUUGACAGCUUCCCUUAUCCUAAAAACCCCCCCGCUCGUCUUCCACUUUACGCUUUACGAGAAUGACCACGAAUAUCUCGCCCGCAUGAGCUAGAAAAACAAUAUCUUCAGCUAAGAUGCGAUUAUCUAGCGUGCUUGCCGCUGCAGCGCUUCCAGUCGUUUUUGCUGCUGCUCGACAAAGAGUGACCGCGCAUUCAACAAGCAUGCGAAUCGAGGAUGCGCCUGGUUCAAUGGCCUCCACGCCUGUUCUUGUCAACUCCACCGAUUCGCUCGCACAGCCUCUGAAACCCUUGACGACCGUAGCUGCAGAGAAGCCCGCGUUGGAGAAAGCUUCCGUCAUGGGCCUCAUCGUCUUCUCGGCUGCUGGGCUGUAUCUACUAUGAAUUGGAAUGAGUUGCUGGGUUGGUUAGCAUUUCACUGGCGUUUAGGGACAUGAUCAUGAAAUUUUGGAAUGGUCUGGGAUUAUUUCUAAGACGCUGAUAGCGUUUUGGCAUUAACGGUGUUCGCAUUUGGAUAUACCCCACGUUUGCAUCUUCUCAAACAUUAAUAAUACUUCUAUAUUGAAUCAUAUCUGACCUAGCAGAACGAUCGUCUGAGAUCGCACUUCUUGCAUACUGAAUAUGCGGUGACCCGAUUUAAACUGCAGAAAUAUGCAGUUUAGGUUCCAGUAGAUCACCAAUCUUGCAGACGCAAUA